GUCUUUGCGUCCAGACGAGGAGCAAAGUGACAGGCCUUAUGCUGAUGGAGGACUAAUUAGACCCGCUUUUAUUUUCCUUUCAAGCAGGCGGCUGUCCCCGAGCACGUUCGUUAGCAAGUAGUCGAACGGUCGGCUGACCAGCCAUAGUGAAGGAGGGGAUAUAAAGACUCGGAUAUCAAAGUUCUUCCUUCUUCUCACCCACCUUCACUCCCUUUGACUUUGCUUCCGUUCCCCGAAAGUCCGGUUGCAAGAUGCCUUCUCACUUUGACACGCUCCAAUUGCACGCCGGCCAGGAGCCCGACCCGGGCUCCAACGCCCGUGCUGUGCCCAUCGUGGCUUCGACGUCGUUUGUGUUUAACAACUCGGAGCACGGAGCAAACCUCUUUGGUCUGCGCGAAUUUGGCAACAUCUACUCCCGCCUCAUGAACCCCACGAACGAUGUGUUUGAGAAGCGCAUCGCUGCGCUCGAGGGUGGUGUCGCCGCUGUGGCUGCCUCGUCGGGCCAGUCCGCCCAGGCCAUGGCACUCCUGUCGCUGGCCAGCGUUGGUGACAACAUUGUCUCGACGUCUUACCUCUACGGAGGCACCUACAACCAGCUCAAAGUUCUCUUUCCCCGAUUUGGUGUCACUACAAAGUUCGUCCAGGGUGACAAGCCUGAGGACUUUGCAAAGGCCAUCGAUGCAAAGACCAAGGCCAUUUACAUUGAGAGCAUCGGCAACCCACGAUACAACGUUCCCGACUUUGAGGCCAUUGCCAAGGUCGCUCACGACAACAAGAUUCCCCUUGUCGUGGACAACACAUUUGGCGCAGGCGGCUACCUCGUCCGGCCCAUUGACCACGGCGCGGACAUUGUCGUCCACUCAGCUACCAAGUGGAUCGGUGGCCAUGGCACCACGAUUGCUGGCGUUGUCGUCGAUUCUGGAAAGUUCGAUUGGGCUGCUUCGGGCAAGUUUCCCCAGUUCACUGAGCCUUCCGAGGGUUACCACGGCCUCAGGUUCUGGGACACGUUCAAGGCGAUCACGUAUGCCAUCUACGUCCGAGUCGUCGUUCUCCGCGACCUUGGCCCCGCUUUGAACCCCUUCGGCUCGUUCCUGCUCCUUCAGGGUCUUGAAACGCUGAGCCUGCGCGUUCAGAGACACGUGGACAAUGCCCUUGCGAUCGCCCAAUACCUCGAGAGCCACCCUAGGGUCUCCUGGGUCUCAUACCCGGGCCUUGCGAGCCACCCGAGCCACGAGCUCGCAAAGAAAUACCUCAAGAACGGAUUUGGCGGUGUACUCUCGUUUGGAAUCAAGGGCGAUGCAGCUGCAGGUUCGGCUUUCGUAGACAACUUGAAGUUGGCCUCUAAUUUGGCCAAUGUGGGCGACGCCAAGACGCUUGUUAUCCACCCUGCCUCGACGACGCACCAGCAGCUGACGGACGAGGAGCAGACAGCCAGCGGCGUGACCAAGGAUCUCAUCCGCCUCUCGGUCGGCAUUGAAUUCAUCGACGACAUCAAAGCUGAUCUCGAUCAAGCCUUUGCUGCCACCGCGAAUAUCAGCGGUGACAUCAAGACAGGCGGAAAGGGCCCGGCUCCCGGCCUCAGCGGUGCCGCCUAGAGGGUGAAGAGAAAUGGUGUUUUCAAUUUACCCCACUCUUUCCCAAGCUAAAAAAAUAGCUCUUGCAAUUCAGUGGGAGAAUGAAUCGCACUUACGUUGACAU